AUGAAGAAUUUUGGAUUCAGCGUACGAAAAUUCAUGUCAACUGGUAAAGUAGCGCAACCAAAAUGGAUUGAACCAAAGGUUCAUAAAGAAAGACCUUGCUUGAAACUGUACAACAGUUUAACUCGGGAAAAAGAAGUCUUUGUGCCAAAAUCUGGCGGUAAACUUGUGACAUGGUAUUCUUGCGGGCCUACCGUUUAUGACGCUUCUCAUAUGGGACAUGCGAGAAACUAUGUCUCCAUUGACAUCAAUAGAAGAAUUUUGUCUGACUACUUUGGAUACAAUGUGAAGUUUGUUCAAAAUGUGACUGAUAUUGAUGAUAAGAUUAUCGUGAGAGCUAGACAAAACUAUCUUUUUGAUAAAUUUGUUUCGCGGAGUGAAGAGCAUAAUAUGGGUGAUGUUGUUGAUGCUUUGUCUGUCUAUGUUGCAAAAAAUAUGAACUUGUCUGGUUUAGAAACUAUUGAGAGCAUUCGUUCAGCCAUUGAGACACUUAAUGUGGAUGAAGAGAAGUUAAAAAAUCCAAAGUUCAAUAUGCAUUAUAACGCAGUCAUGAGGGCGUUGAAGGCGCUGGAAAGUCUGGAAAAGAAAGGGUUUAAUGAUGACAUCAAAGAUAUCUAUGUGCCAUUUCUUGAUUCUAAGUUUGGGUCAUCUGUAACCGACCCGGAGAUUUUUCGAAAGCUGCCCGCUUAUUGGGAAGAGCAGUUCGACAAUGACAUGAGAAGGCUUAACGUGCUGCCCCCUACGGUUACUACUAGAGUGUCUGAGUAUGUUCCAGAAAUUAUCGAAUUUGUGAAGAAGAUCAUUGACAAUGGAUAUGGGUAUGCUACGGAUGAUGGGUCAGUUUAUUUUGAUACUGUAAAGUUCGAUUCUUCGGAAAAACAUGAUUAUGCAAAGAAUCAACCGUGGAAUAAAGGCCAGCUCGAUUUGAUCAAGGAAGGUGAAGGCAGUUUAACCUCGUCUAACGGCGGGAAGAAGUCAGCGAAUGAUUUUGCGUUAUGGAAGGCUUCAAAACCGGGCGAGCCACGUUGGAUUUCUCCUUGGGGCUCAGGCAGACCUGGGUGGCAUAUAGAGUGUUCUGUUAUGGCUAGUGAUAUUUUGGGAGAGUGUAUGGAUAUUCACUCUGGUGGAAUCGAUCUGGCUUUCCCUCAUCAUGAUAACGAGAUGGCUCAGUCAGAAGCUUGUUUUGAGAGUGAGCAAUGGGUUAACUAUUUCUUACACACCGGUCACUUGCAUAUUGAAGGACAAAAGAUGUCCAAGUCGUUGAAGAAUUUCAUCACAAUUGAUGAAGCCCUCGAAAAAUAUAGUUCGAGACAAUUGAGGUUGGCCUUUUUGUUAACUCAGUGGAAUAAUCAGCUUGAUUUCAAGGAGAGUCUUUUACUGGAGGUUAAGAGUCUCGAGAAUAUGUUUUCCAAUUUCUUUAAGAAUACGAGGGCUUUGAAGUCUGACGAUAGCUCGCGCGUUAGUAAAAAGCUUGGAUCUCGUGAGAAGGAUUUGUUAAGCUAUCUGGAAAAGGUUGAGGAAGAUAUCGAUUGUGCUCUUUGUGACAAUUUAUCCACUCCUCAGUGCAUGAAGUUGCUAAGCGAGCUGGUGAACAAGAGCAACACUUACAUAUCAGAUGCCGGUGCUGAUGUGAGAACAGAGGUUUUAGUUGCUGUGUGCAAAUAUAUCUCAAAGUUUUUUGGAAUAGCAGGUAUUCCAAUACGAGAAGACCAACUAGGAUGGUAUGAAGGUGACGUGAGGCAGGAGAACAACAAGGAGGAGCAGAUUCUGCCAUAUGUGCAAUGUUUGGCCAAGUUCAGAGACCAGGUGAGACAGUUUGCAAUUGACAAUAGAGAUCCGAAGAAGUUUUUAGAAUUGACAGACAAACUGAGAAACGAGGAGCUUUUGAACCUCAACGUGUUGCUUGAUGAUAGAAGUGGCCAGGGAGCCCUGGUGAAAUUGAUCAGCGAAGAAGAGAAGGUCCGUAUAGUUGAGGAAGCUAGACAGGAGACUGAGAAGAGGCAAGCGAAAAAGGCUAGCGAAGAGGCAAAAAGGCGAGAACGAGAAGCGAAAGAGAAGGAAAGACUGGAGAAGGCCAAAAUUCCGCCGCAGGAGCUGUUCAAGCAGCCGGAGUUGUACUCGGAGUGGGACGAGGACGGCAUUCCGACCAAAGAUAAAGAAGGAAAUGCCAUAACAAAGAGCAUGACCAAGAAAUUGAAGAAGUUAUGGUUACAACAGGAGAAGCUAUACAAGUCUGUAAACUAG